ACAUAUUAUCACAAAAUAAAUCCAAAAACAUUCCCACAUCACCAUUUUAGCAGAAAAAAAAUAACAAAGUAAGUUUGAAUCCCAAAGAAGAAAAAGAAAAAAAGUGCAAUAGCAGCUUUGAGAAAGAUAAGUGAUCAAUGGCUUCCACUCAAUGCUUCUUGCACCAUCAUGCAUUGUCAACUCCAGCUAGAACUUCCUUAGUUAGGGGUAUUGUUCCAUCACUCAAGUCUAACCAAUUAUUGGUGUGCCGUGCCCAAAACAAACAGUCUGCACCUCAACAAGAUAAUGUCAACAGUGUCUCUGUCUCUCGUAGAUUGGCUCUUACACUCCUCAUUGGUGCUGCUGCCGUUGGUUCCAAGGUUUCCCCUGCUGAUGCUGCUUAUGGAGAAGCUGCAAAUGUUUUUGGGAAGCCAAAGACAGACACGGAUUUCCAGACAUACAACGGGGAUGGAUUCAAGCUGCAAAUUCCAUCCAAAUGGAACCCAAACAAGGAAGUAGAGUACCCUGGUCAGGUUCUUAGAUUUGAAGACAACUUUGAUGCCACCAGCAAUGUCAUUGUCGCUAUCACCCCUACUGACAAGAAGUCCAUCACUGACUUUGGUUCCCCUGAACAGUUCCUCUCUCAAGUGGACUAUCUGCUAGGAAGACAAGCCUACUCUGGCAAAACUGAUUCAGAGGGUGGAUUUGAAUCUGAUGCAGUGGCUAUUGCAAACGUAUUGGAGACAUCUACUGCAGAAGUGGGAGGGAAACAGUAUUACUACUUGUCUAUAUUGACAAGAACUGCUGAUGGAAAUGAAGGUGGGAAGCACCAGUUGGUCACAGCCACAGUAAAUGAUGGCAAACUUUACAUUUGCAAAGCACAAGCUGGUGACAAGAGAUGGUUCAAAGGAGCUAAAAAGUUUGUGGAGAAUACUGCCACUUCUUUCAGUCUUGCUUAAGAAUGUAAAGAGUAUUUUGAGCUUGGCCAAAAGCAUAUGGUGCUGAAUAUGAGUUGUGCAAUUGAACUCUUUUUAUGCACUCUGCAAAAUUUUCAGAGAUGUUAAUAUUGUUGGAGGAAGCUAAUGUACUAAUUUGAUGUUUCCUUGUCGAUCACACUUGGUGAACUUUUA